AUGUCGAUCUCAGGCGGAUAUACAGAUGCUCACCCAACGGAUGAUGAGAUGUUCAAGCGCAGAUACGUCGCUAUUCAAGAUGUAAUCAACGAACUAGAAGAUGAGAACAACUUGAUAGCUUAUCGGAUAGCUAAAAUGCGUAAAGAUCGAAUAGACAAAGAACGAGCUGUUCAGGAGCAGCAGCACCAGCUCCAAAAAGAGAAAGAACGUAAAAAUGCAAAACAAUCUAAAUCUACAUCAAAAGCGAAACCAAAAUCGAAGACUCAGAUCAAAUCUGAAGCCGAAGCAGCCGAAGUUGGGUCUGAGAUCAACGAGAGGGAGGCUGAAAUUAUAGAUGUGGAUGUGGAAGGGAACGAGCAUGAGUUGGAACAACGAAAAGGAGAUGUCCAAGUCGAGGAAAUUGGAGAGAAGGGUGAUAUCUCUGACGAUCAGCAGAGAUCAUCAAUUCCACCAGAUCAAGAUCAGGAUCAAAAUUUGAAACCCUCUUCUCCUAUACCGCACGAAUACGAAAACGGAAUUGGAAAUGGACACGAAGAACAGUCUGCUAAAGCCGAGGACGAAGAUGUAGAGAUGGAUGAUUAUUAG